AUGCUGUUCAAAGCCGCCCUGGUUGGCACCCUACUUGCUGCUGGCCAUGCAACUGCUUUGAAAGGACGUCACGUCAACGCCCUUCUCCAGCCGGGCCAGGACGUCGAGGAGGUCCUGCGACGCGACGCCGAACUCAUGGCCACUCUGACGCAACGACAAGACGCAAACUCUGCCGAUACGGCACCGCUAGCAUCACUGACACCGGCGAGUGGUGACGCGACAAACGCAGAUCAAGCAAAAUGGGAGGAGCAGACAAGCAAGGCGUGCAAAGCCGCGCUGGGCAAUCUCAACGGCCAGGCCUCAAAUCCCAGUGGGAUCGCCGUGUGCUAUAAUCUUCCUUUUCUUGACAAGACAACUGGUGUCUUCCAGGCCGAGCUUCGAAUGUAUAAUAUCUCAGCUCCCAUUGCCCCAUGGGUUGGCGUCACUGCCGCCGAUGUCAGCAUGACACUAUCCUACCUUGGUGCAACUGUGCAGGCCAUGCAAGGAAACUUUUCAAAGCGAGCUGUUGGCUCCAUAGUCGCCGAGAGCCAGAUUGUCGAGAGGCAGCAGAAGACCAUGAUGACAGAACUCAAGGUUCUCAUGUAUGUGGGCAGGAUCAACUCCAACCUUAUAGGCUCCGCCAUGACUGAGGCAUCUCUCCAGCCUCUUCUGGUCCCGCAAAUCGACCUCGCUGCCAAGAACCCUCGAGAUGGCAAGGAGGUCGAGACGACGCUGUCAUCUCAGGAAGCCUCUUUCGUCAACGGCAUCUUCUCCAGGGCUGGCACCGCCCCUACCAAUGCCGAUCCCCAAGCCGCCGCCUCCGCCUCCGCUGCCGUCAUCUCUGCCCAGCCAUUUGUGGUUCCGGGACAAACCUUUGGCGUCUUCCCCACCGGUCUCAUCAUCACUUCGAUAUGGGCCUUCUUCUUCUGCGUCGCCGUCGGCUUCGGUACUUAUGGCCGAAUCCAAUACCGCGACCAAUACAGGAGGCGCGUAAGAGCCGAGAUGGCUCGUGGUGUCCGUACAAUCUAAUCUACCACGCCAUAGUCCUUGAUCCGUCCGCCAUCCUCCUCCCCACCUAAAUUGCUUUCUGUCUUGUUUUUUUUUUACAUCUAUCCUCGCUUUAUCUCCCCGUGCUAGAAUCGCCAGGUUUCCACGCUACCACGAAGACUUACAUUCGCUUGUAUACCCAGUCGUAUCAAUUUCUUCUCUUCUCAUUUCUCUUUUUCUAUGACCCUAUUGUAUAUAAUUCUGGUAAAAAAGAGGCGGUAUUUGGUUGUUGCGCAGAGAGCGAGAAAGCGGGGGGG